CUUGACCACGCCAUACACGAAGAACGCGAUCGUCGGUGCUCAAGCAAAGGCGGCGUUUCUGUGGCGAUCUAGCGGCUCGCCGUCGUCACGAUCAUGGCCACCGGUGCGGCGGACGGUUUCCUGCGCUGCGGCUGCAUCUCCGGCUUCGACUCGGGGGUCGAACGGCGGCCCUACCACAAGAACUGCAGUUGCGCUCUCCACGAGAAGAAGAAGGGCGGCGGCUGCCCCCUGGCCGGCGCCGGGAAGAACAGGUCCGUGUCGUACCCGAUCCGGAGGGCGUGGAGCGAGGGGAGCCUCGCGCUGAUGGCUAACUCCCAGCCAUCGCCGUCGACCUCCCCGGCAGUGGCCCAGGCGCCGGCGAAGGGCCAGAUGAGGCGGUUGGGUUCGUCUUCCUCUUUCUGUAGCGAAUUCGAAGAGGAAUGAGGGAUCGAUCGAUGUGCAUAGAAGGCAUUGACUGUUUUUUGAAAUCUGAAUCAGUGUUAGAGAUCUCGAUCUUUUGAUAUUUCUAAUUUAUUGAUUCUUUCCCCUUUCUUC